GGGCCGUUGGGGCGCGUUACGCCAAGAUGGCGCCGCGGCACAAAGCGGCGCGAGCGCCGGCGGUUUGGCUGUGUGCUGUGGCUGUGUUGUGCGUGUGUGCCGCGCCUGCGUGCGGACAGCGGCUGUACGAGACCGCGCCGCAGCCCUCGUCACAGGACGCGUCAGCGACGGGCAGCGGGGGCGUCAACCGGGAUCGAUCCGGCGGCGAUAGCGUGCCGCGCACCAACCGCUUCGGCGAGCAGCGCGCCGGCGAUUCCGACACCGGCGAGACGCGUGUGGGGCCCAACUAUGAUCCGGGCAACAAGCGGUUCGGCGGCUCCAACCGCAACCCGUACAGGGGCGGCACGGGCGGCUAUCGCGGCCGCUUCAGCUCGACCAACUUCGGCUACGAGAAGUACGACCCCAACCGCAAGGUGGAGGGGGAGGGCAUCCUGGCCGGGUGGCGUCCGGACCUGCAGGGCGUGCGACGGCCCGAAGCCGCCUUCCUCAACCCGUACCUGCAGGUGCAGACCCGGCUGGGCCCCGUCAACGGCUUCGUCGUGCAGCUGUACGACCAGCCGGGCCUGCCCGAGGAGCUGUGGCCGGCCAACCUACAGCUGGAGCUGCAGAAGCACAAGCUGAACGUGUCGACUUUCCUCGGCAUCCCGUAUGCCCAGCCGCCAGUGGAUGAGGGCCGGUUCAAGCCGCCGCGCGCGCACGCGGGCUGGCAGUCGUUGUCGGCGCUGGACUUCCAGCCGGCCUGCCCGCAGCCAGCCCGCUACGUGGGCAUCAAGCACGGCAUCAGGGAGGUGGACGAGGACUGCCUCUACCUCAACGUCUUCACGCCCAGUGUGUCCAGCAACGUGAGGGAGAAGUUCGCCGUGAUGUUCUACAUCCACGGCGGCGAGUUCACGCACGGCGCGUCCAACCUGUUCCCGGCGCACCUGCUGUCCGCCUGGGGCGAGGUGGUGGUGGUCACCUUCAACUACCGUCUCGGCGCGCUAGGCUUCCUGAGCACCGCCGAUGAGUACUCCCCGGGCAACUACGGCAUGCUGGACCAGGCGAUGGCGCUGCGCUGGGUGUACGAGAACGUGCACUACUUCAACGGCGACCGCCAGCGCAUUACCGUGUUCGGACCGGGCGCGGGCGCCGCCAGCGCCGGCCUGCUGGCCGUGUCGCCCAAGACGGCGCACAUGGUGCACCAGCUGAUCGGAGAGAGUGGCUCGGCGCUGGCCGAGUGGGCCGCCAUCUACGACGAGUACCGCGUGCAGAACACGUCUCGCAUAUUCGGAGACAAGAUCGGCUGCAUCUCCGACAGCAGCUACAAGCUGCUCAAUUGCCUUAACAAGGGUCGCAGCGCUAUAGAGAUCGGCAACGUCGAGUUCAAGCCGGACGUCGGCACGUUCCCGUGGGCGCCGUUCGUCGAGACGAACGUGACUUUCCCGGGCAACGACUGGUACGAGGAGUGGCACCAGGAGGACUGGCGCUUCCUGCCCGACUUCCCGGAGCGGCUCUUCAGGCGCCGCGAGUUCAGACAGGGCCUGAGCGUGCUGACCGGCGCCAACCGGGACGAGGCCGCCUUCUUCGUCUACGGCAACCGCUCGCUGGCGCCGGACUUUGUCGUCACGCAGCGCAUGCUGGACGACAAGAUCCACGAGUGGGUCAAACAGUACAACUACACGCUGAACCCGGACGGCGUGUACGACGCCAUCCGGUACAUGUACACGUACUGGCCGGACCCGCACAACCGCACCUGGAUCCGCGAGAUGUACAUCGAUUUCCUGUCGGACGCGCUGUACAAGGCGCCCGUGGACAGCAUGGUGAAGCUCAUGGUGGAGCUGGGGGUGACGACGUACCAGUACGUGCUGAACACGACCGUGGAGGCGCUGAAGGCGCCGCUGUGGCGCGAGGUGCCCCAUGACCUCGAGUACUACUUCCUGACGGGCGCGCCGUUCAUGGACCCCGAGUUCUUUGCGGAGGACAUCAGAAUCGGUCGGCAGAUUUGGACGGAGGGUGAUCGCAACAUGAGCCAACUAUUCAUGGAAACGUUCUCCAACUUCGCCAAAUACGGGCGACCGACGCCGCGGCAGAUCUUCGACUUGGUCAACUGGCAGCCGGCGCUGGCUGGCGACCUGCGCUACCUGAGCAUCAACAACACCUUCAACAGCACCAUCUUCUCCAACUACCGGCAGACAGAGCUGUCGUUCUGGAGCCAGUACCUGCCGACGGUGGUGGGCCACCUGGUGCCCACCUACCGGCCCUCCACUGAGUUUUGGUGGGAGCCGCGCGAGCCGCUGCAGAUCGCCUUCUGGUCUGUGACGUCACUGGCGUUCCUUCUGCUCGUCAUCGUCGGAAUCUGCUGCUGCCUAUGGCAGGGUGCCAAAAAAAAAACCGACCAGUUCUACGAAGAGUCCUUCAUGGAGGACCACUUCGAGGUACGCGAGAACAGCCACUUCGCGGCAAAGCCGAGCAAGCCUCCGUCGAUGGACCGGCGGCGCCGCUCGGACUCUGGCCGACAGGUGACCGGCUCUGUGCAGCAGGAGGCCUGCCGGGAGCCGCUGGUGCGCGAGCCGCCGCCGCGCGUGCCCAGCAGCCAGGCGCAGAGCGUCACCGAGUUGGAGCCGUUGCUGCCGCACGCCAAGUCGAUCCCCAACAUGGUGGAGUACGAGGAACGGCCGCCGACGCGUAUCCGGCCCAAGUCAACCGAGGCGCUGGACCGCGACGACGAGUCGACCUCGUCGCGGCCCGGCACGCCCAAGGUGCCGCACUUCCAGUUCGUCGAGCCGUACGAUGUGGUGCAGCUGCCCAACGACUACCAGUACAACUCGAACCCGAACCUGGCGGCGCCCGAUCGUGCCACGCCCUGA